AUGUCUGCAAAGAAAGGUAACACAAAAUCAUCUACAUCUGCAUCUGCAUCUAAAGCAAAUGCUAAGAAGACUGCACAAGCAGUAAAAAACUCUAAGAGAUCUUCAACAACAAAGAUUAGAACAAGAGUUCAGUUCUACAGACCAAAGACUUUGAAAUUACAUAGAAAUCCAAAAUAUGAAAGAAAGUCUAUUAAAACACAAAGGAAUUUGGAUUGCUAUGAUAUUAUUAAAAAACCAAUAACUACCGAAUCUGCAAUGAAAAUGGUUGAAACUUUAAAUACUAUUGUAUUUUCAGUUAAUGAGAAAGCUAAUAAGACUCAGAUUAAGUAUGCAAUUAGUAAACUUUAUGAUGUUAAGGUUGCUAAUGUUAAUACUGUUAACACUUUUGGAGAUGGAAAGAAAGCAUUUGUAAAGCUUUCCCCAGAUGUAGAAGCUGUUGAUGUUGCAAGCAGAAUUGGAAUUAUUUAA